AUGAAGUGCAGGCCAGGCGCGCCUGGUUCCCUCACAUCCCGUCUACCUCCAGCCUCGCCUCUCAGCACACCGGCCGGUUUAAAGCCACCCCUGGAUGACUUUCAGACGGUGGAGGUGGAGGUGGUCGGGUCGGAGUCCCUGGGGCUCAUGAUCCGAGGGGGCGUGGAGUACGGCCUGGGCAUCUUCAUCACCGGCGUGGACGAGGACUCGGCCGCCCACAAAGCUGGGUUACAGGUAGGCGACCAGAUCCUGGAGGUGAACGCGGAGAGCUUCCUGGCCGUGACGCACGACACCGCCGUCAACAUCCUGAAGUACUCCCGGCGGCUGCGGCUGACGGUGCGACGCGUGGGGAAGGUGCCCCACUCCUGCACCACCUACGACAGGCGCUGCUGGCCUCCGGCCCACACCAAGUGA